AUGUCGUUGUCGUUUAGUGUUUAUGCAGCAGAGACGAUGGAGAAGAAGAUAGAGUACGCUUUGAAAGAAUCAGAGUCGAAGCAGAGUCGUUUGAGCAAGGCGUACGGUUGCCUUCGCUUCCAAGCAACCUCCCUCGCCAUGUUUUCGGUACAGUGGAAGGAACUCGAGGACCACUUAGCGUCCACCCGACAGUCCAUCGAGGCCAGAUUCUCGGAGCUCAAGAACCGCGAGGAGGAAGUCGGAAUCCGCAACGAGCAGUUGGAAAUCGAAGAGUCGAAGCUCAAUUCACAGAUGGAGUCAAAGUCCAAGGAAUUAAGCGUGCUUGAGGAAUUGAUUGUAGAGAGUAGGAACCGCUUGCGCUCGUUUGAAUCAUUGAUCAAAGAACACAACGGCGAGGUUGGUAUUAAGGAGGAGAGAUUGGAGGAAGUGGAGAAUUCUGUGAGGGAGAAGGAGAGGGAAUUGAAUGAGAUUCUGGGGUCGAUUGAGGCGAGUACGGGGGAGUUUGAUUUGAGAGAGGAGGAAUUGAAUUUGGUGCUAAGGUUGAUCGACGAAUGUGGCAAAGAGUUGGAAGUCAAAGAGGAGAAGCUUAGUUUGAUUAAGCAAUCAUUAGUAGAGCGUUCGAAUGAACUCGAAUCGAGAGAAGCGUUGAUUAGGGAAGUAGAUUUGAAGGAGAGAGAAGUUUGCUUACGUGAGAAGGCACUGGAGGAGUGGUCAUGUAAGCUUGAACUGAAAGUGAGGGAGCUUGAAUUGAAAGAGAAGCAAAUCGAAGAAUCGAAACAAGAAGGUGAGAAGUAUUUGGAUGCAGUCUCCAGGGAACUUCAAGGGAAAGAGAGCCAACUGCAAGGGAAAGAGAGUUUACUGCAGAGGGAAGAGAGCCAACUUCAGCAGCAGGCCAGAGAGCUUGCAUUGAAGCAGAAGGACUUUAUCAAGAAAAUCGAUGAAGAACAUGCCGAAACCUUGAAGUCGAAAGAGAGGCAAAUAGAAGAUCAGGCCAAAGAGAUUGAAUUAAAGCACAAAGAAAUUGAUUCGAUGAAGAAAUGCGCUGAAGAACAUACCGAAAACCUCAAAUCAAAAGACAGGCAACUUGAAGAUCAGGCCAAAGAAAUUGAGUUGAAGCACAAAGAAAUUGAUUCAAUAAAAAAGUCCGCUGAAGAACAAACUCAAAACCUGAAAUCAAAAGAGAGGCAACUUGAAAAGCAGAUGAAAGAGCUUGCAUUGAAGCAGAAACAAAUUGAUUCGAUCAAAAAAUCCGCUGAAGAACAUACCCAAAACCUGAACACGAAGGAGAGGCAACUUGAAGAUCAGGCCAAAGAGCUUGCAUUGAAGCAGAAAGAAAUUGAUUCGAUAACAAAAUCCGCUGAAGAACAUACCCAAAACCUGAACAAGAAAGAGAGGCAACUUGAAGAUCAGGUCAAAGAACUUGCGUUGAAGCAGAAAGAAAUUGAUUCGAUAAAAAAAUCAGCUGAAGAACGUACCCAAAACCUGAACACGAAAGAGAGGCAACUUGAAGAGCAGGCCAAAGAGCUUGUAAUGAAGCAGAAAUCAAUCGAUUCAAUAAAAAAAGGCGCUGAAAAACAGACCCAAAUCCUGACAUCGAUAGAGAGGCAACUUGAUCACCGGGUGAAAGAGCUUGCAAUGAAGCAGAAAGAAUUGGAACAUACUAAUCAAUCCAUCAUCAAUAGGGAUGGUACAGGUGCGAAGCGUAGUACCAACACUUUUGACCCCAGCUGGUAUCAAGAGCAACAACAGCACAAAAGCAAGUAUCCUCGCACAUGUGAAUCAGCUGCUACACCUUUUCCAGUGCCAAGCUUCACCCCAGCCUAUCCGUGGCCAAACCCGUCAUCUUGGCAGUAUGAAAAUUAUGGACACUACGGGCACUCUGGUACAGCUGCCAACAACUGUGAGUUUGGUGAUAGUUUUGGUCACAGUUUUGGUGGCAGUUACCGUGCAAUACCGAAUCCUGGAGUACAUUGCCGAUUGACAUAGUUUCGGAGCAAGUUUAGGUGAG